UGUGUGAUGGUCUUCAGUGGCCAGCUUUGAUAUUCAGGGACUUUCUUUUCAUUACAUGAGGCUACAAUAAGUCUCCUUCAAACAUGUCUCCCCCUCCAGACUGAAUUAAUGCUCAGUUGCAUCUGUGCAUAGAUUGAUGAGACAGAAGAAGGAGCACAUGUUGUAAAUCAGUUAUCCUUAUUUCUCUCAGCAGACUGACCUUUAAUGAGUAACUGAGCAGUGAAAUCAAACUUUAAAUCAACUCCUUUAGGCCCCCUGGUGGUCCCCACACCACACUUUGAGACACCUUCAUUUGAACAACCCACGGCACAAGCCGGAGUGGUCCUUGACUCCAUCAUCCCCACCCAAACCCCAUCGAUGAACAAUAAGCAACGCGUGAAGUUACAGUCCCUGUGUGCUGGUAUUUGUGCCAGACUGCAGCUCACUGAAACCCCCUCCGCGCAGCAUAUUAUCGGACCAAACCAUUGCCGCAGUUCAAGGUUUCGGCACCUGUCACAUGAGGCUUUACAUUUGCAAAUCACCGGCUACCAUUCCAGCUUAGCACGCUUGCUCUUCUACACUGCAGACGUGUAUCGGACCUGCCCCUGCAAACGCGGCCACAGUGCAGCUCUCAGUGAGACGAGCUGCCAAAUUGCACCGACUCCCCUAUAGCGCGACUGGCAGCAUCGCCCACUGCCUGCAAUGGCGUUGAAGCGGCUCCAGUGUGUACAAACGCUUCUGUAGUGGCGAUUCCGUCCCCGGACAAUUUACGAGCGUGUGGGUGUGGGGGGUAUGGGGGGUGGGGGGAUAGAAAUGUUUUUUUUACGCAAUAUUUUGCAACGAGAGCGUCUGUAUUUCCCUGAGCCUUCUGGAUUUCAGUUGAUUUGCAUCACGCGUCAAAACGAAGCCCGAGCCAUAAAUGAAUGAAUGGGCCUAAAGGAACUAUAACAACGGGUGGAUCUGAUAAGGCAGCGUUGCGGUAGGUCAAACUAGACUCCUCACGUCUACAUUCUAAUGAGGCCACGGCGAUGCUGACAUCCCCUCUGAAUCUUAAGAAAUCAUCAUGCUGAAGACGGAGGCCUCAGGGGAGAGGACCGGCCUCCGGAGUGCCUCCCCCCACCGUAACGCCUACCGGGCUGAGUUUCAGGCACUUAAGAAGGCCUUUGACCAGCCUCGGAUAGAUGGAGACUCCAGGCCCAAGGACCUACAACGUGUGAAACAGCCAAGGGGCCGCCAGUAUGGCGGCCAUGUCAGUCGCAUUAAGGACAUGUUCAUGCAGAUGGGCUCAGAAGGUGUGCCGGAUAAGGCCACUGUUUGUGAUGAUUCCUCGCCUCAAAAGCUGGUCAAGCCCACCAACUUCAUCAACAAGGCCGACGGAUCAGUGAUAAAACUCCAGCAUUCCUUAUCAGCUGACAGGGUUGGAGGUGCUGGGCCAAAGUUCUCUGAAACCAGGAAGCUGUUUGAGCAGCAGUCACGUGACCAGUCCCAAUCCCCAGUCUUUCCAUACGGACGUGAUAAACGAGGUUCCCAUGAGCACCUAGAUGACUGGCGAGGUGCUAGGUCUAAUCGAGGCAGCACAGACUCCUUGGACUCACUUUGCUCCAGAACAGAGGCGUCCUCGCCAACUGUCAGUCAACUGAGUGCUGUUUUUGAAAAUACCGACAACCACAACCAUGGCGCGCACCACAAAGGAGUCAGCAGACGGGCCCUCUACUCACCAGACGUGUGCCACCGUCCUGGAGGUGACGUCAGCGAAGAUGAUUCAAGACAGUCUCCAGUUCGUGGGAGCUACCAGAGCAGGACAGGUGGGAAGUGUCCCACAUCCUCGUCUUCUGAGGACCUUCUGAGCGCCAGUCCCAGAACAGAGACUGGGACGGCGCUGAAACCAGUACCACAAGAGGAAGAAGCCCGAGACAAAGCAGACAAGGUUGAGCCCAUGGGCAGAGAUAGGCGGCGUCUUUCUGGUGUCACCACCAACGGAAGCCAGUUGAAUGGUUCAUGUGAAGAAGAGGAGAAACCUUCAGAAACAAGAAAACAUAUUGAGGAUCUAGGGGUGUCCAAAGCUUCAAAACCUACAGAUGAUGCUGUGAUUACCGACAACGCUUUUGAAGAUGCAACCCCUGAGCCAUUGCCGACCCCAACUACACCAGCUGGGGAAGGCCAGGGGGAUGGGGAUGGUUCAAGAGAAGACAAGUUCUCUGAGCCUCCCAAGGACCAGGCGGGAGAACCUGAUGAGGAAUACAUUGGGAACGAGCGGGUGAUUUUUAACGCGGACGGGGACGCCUGUUACCAGGGUUGGGGGGAGAGCUGCACAGAUCCUGAGGAUGACCUCUAUGGAGACGAUGAGGAUAUUGUCUACGACCCGGGCUCUGAUCUGACAGAGAUCCCUGGUCUGCCACACGAAAACAAAGAGGACGUCCCUCCAAAGAGGAAGAUACGUUUCAGCACUGCCACCAUCACAGUGUUCAACACCUACUCCAACGAGGACUAUGACCGUCGUAACGAAGAGGUGGAUCCUGUGGCCUCCUCCGCAGAGUACGAGCUGGAGAAGAGGGUGGAGAAACUGGAGCUCUUCCCCGUGGAGCUGGAGAAAGAUGAAGAUGGCCUGGGGGUCAGUAUCAUCGGGAUGGGUGUCGGCGCUGACGCAGGCCUGGAGAAACUGGGUAUCUUCGUCAAGACCGUCAUCGAGGGCGGAGCCGCUGAGAGAGACACCAGGAUCAAGGUGAAUGACCAGAUCGUGGAGGUGGAUGGGACCAGUCUGGUGGGCGUCACCCAGAGCUUCGCCGCCUCCGUCCUCAGGAACACAUCAGGAGUCGUCAGGUUUGUGAUUGGACGAGAGCGUCCGGGCCAGCAGAGUGAGGUGGCCACGCUCAUCCAGCAGACCCUGGAGCAAGAGAGGAGACAGAGAGAGCUGCUGGAGCAGCAGUACGCCCAAUAUGAUGCUGAUGAUGACGAGGUAAUGACCACUCACAACCCUGGCCACUGUACAGGCCGUCCUGGAGGUGCAAUAAAGGAUUGUGUGUACAUACAUAUGAGAUUAUGUAUAUCGCAGUGUGGAUCUUGUGUGUCAGUGCUGGAGCUGGGAUGCUGUCAGGGAAAGGACAGGGUCGGCUGCCUCUGUCCGUCACACUGUAUCGACAGCAGAGAGAGCCUGCGCAGCCAUGCAUUUGAUUAUCUGACCGCCCUCUCUUUUCUUCCCUUCCCUAUCUUCUCUUUUCUACGCCUCUGCUCUCAACAGCUCCAGAUCAAACACACAGUGACCGAGGCCGAGAUCCAGAAGCUCAAAAACAAGUUGGCGUCAGUGGAGCGAGAGAAGCAGCGCUGGGAGAAGGAGAAGAGCCAGCUGAAGGCCAGCAUCGAGGAGAACAAGGAGAGGAUGUUGAAGCUGGAGAGCUACUGGAUCGAAGCGCAGACCCUCUGCCACACGGUCAACGAACACCUGAAGGAGGCCCAGGCCCAGUACCAAACUCUAGAGAAGAAGUACAACAAGGCCAAGAAGCUCAUCAAAGACUUCCAACAGAAAGAGGUGGACUUCAUCCAGAAGGAGGAUGCAGAGAGGAGGCGGCUGGAGGAGGCUGAGAAAGCUCACCUGGCUGAGAUUCAGGGACUGCAAGUCAGGAUUGCAACAUUAGAGUCCGAGCUAAUGCAGCUGAUGAAGCAGAACGGCAUCCAGGUCAACAACAACAACAACAGCAACAGUGCCGAGAGGCUCGGCGCUCAGCAGCACAGCCCCAACAGGGCUGCAGCACAAGCCAGAGAUCUGAGGCAGGCCUCUCCUCAUUCACCCAGCAAAAAGAAGAGCUACGGUGGAAUCGGCCGAGACAGCAUCAGCUCUGCAGAGGGAGAGGUCUCAGAAGGACACGGCAGUCCAGCCCGCAGUCGGCCUGGUUCGAUUCGUAGUGUGGCCUCUUGUGAUGGAGCAGCUGCAGUCCUCGGGGCCCCUGGCAGCGCAGAAAGCUCCCCCAGACGAACACUGCACCGGCCGUCCACUGCAGGUUCUCAGUCUCCUGCGAUGUCAAGCCCCUCUCACUGUGUGGAGGAACACAGACAAGCUCCGGAUACUGGCUCCACAGAGACGUCAGCAGAGGACAGUUCAGAGAAACUCAAGGCCAAGACCUCCCUUACAUCGCCCCACUUCUUCUCCUAUUCAUAUUUCUUGGCACCCACUCUGAACGAUGAUCUGAGUGCCAGCAGCAGCAGCUCAGUGGAGAUCAGCGGCCUGCUGAGUGAAGCCAAGAUGUCGGGACGCUCACACACACUGGUGCUCUCCUCAGAUGAGAGUCUGGAUAUGAUAGACGAUGAGAUCCUAGACGAGGGACAGUCUCAGAAGCCGUAUCACUGGCAGAACUGCAGCAUCACUGAGUGGACCUCCCAGCAAGUGGCCCGCUGGCUACUGGGCCUCAACUUAGAACACCACAUCCCAGAAUUCACUGCCAAAAACAUAGAUGGAGAACAGCUGCUACAGCUGGAGAGUGCUGAGCUCAAGGCCCUUGGAGUUUCUUCUUCUCAGGACCGUGCCCUGAUCAAGAAAAAGAUCAAAGACCUUAAAGUUCUGAUGGAGAAGGCCAAGAGGAACCGAGAGAAAGUGGAGAAACAACGCGAGAAGCUACGGAAGCGAGAGCUUGAGCAGCAGCAGAAAGAGGCGCACAAAGAAAGCACGGCAGAGUGAAGUGAAUUGUUAGAUCUCCGACCUCCCGCUUUACUGUAGCACCACACCAAGUAGCGUCUCGAGGAACAGAGCGUCAGGUCCCACAAAUGAACCCUGAGGGACGCCUGCUCAGUAGUUUAAUAGUUCUCGCUGGUGGAGCCACACACCCAACUGUCGGAGACUGUUGAGUGACUUUUCCACCAAGCAAAUUAAACCAAAACAAGCCGUUGGAUAAUAGGAUCCUGCCCCGUUCAGUUGCCUCAUUUUACUCCCAUCCUGAGUUUUUUGGCCAUUUAAGAUUUACUCAGCUCUAUUUAUUUAGCUGUUUAUUGCUGUAAAUUAGGUUUAUUUAUUCAUAGCUAGAAAAAGUCUGUGAAAAGUUUAUCUCAUCCUCAUCCCAGAUCAUCUUUAGAGCCGUCUGUGUUACCCAUAAAAGCUCCCGUAGACGAUCAUGUCGAGUGAUAAUACAGAUUUGUCUGCUGUGCCAUUUCAAUAGACUUAUGUAUAUCCUGUUCAGAUACAUAGCUCAGUGAAAUUGCUCUCUUGCUUUGACAAAGCUCAUACAGGUCAGGCCUGUGAGGGGGAAUAAAUGAGGCAGUAUUCAUCUCCCACCACUGGGUGUCCCCAUGCUGCUUACUUUCACCACUGGAGGAGGCAACACUGGAACUUUCCAAUAGGAGCUGAAGCAGGAACCAAGUUUAAUAGGGAGAAAAAAACUCUCUCAGUACACUGGAAGUGCAUAUACUGUAAAUUGAACCUCUGCACUGGCUUGUCCAAUGCUCCCUACAGUAUACAUGUACCAUACUAAAGCAGUUCACAAAGUAUGAAUGACGACAAGGACAUACUGUAACUCAUUGGACUGGUUCUGAUGGAGACUUCAGGUACAAUGUAAUCAUGAAAUUUGUAACUAACCAAUCCUGUACCACAAAAACAAAACAAAAAAUGGUAAAAUGAAACUUCCUGCUUAGAUGCAUAAUGUUGCUUCGACACGGCUCGUAACCUGCUUUUGACCUCUUUUUGUAUUCUCUCUCAAUAACAAAGUAAUACCCCGCCACUGCCUGUAGAACUUCUAGAAUAGUUAGAAUAGUUUUCUGAACUCUACCCGCUUCAGUGUGAGUGUCCAAGCGUAUACAGUAGACUAAAUAAAGAUUUAUAAUUGUUAUUUUCUUUUCUUUCGUACAAUUACAGGACAAAGUUCACCUUGCAAAUUACUUUAAUUCUGAAAAAUAUUUGGGAAUGUUGCCAUAUAGACAAGUCAUCUCUGUGAUGGAGGACAGAUGCAGUGAGUCCAGAAAUUGUCUCAAAGAUGAUAACGCCUGAUACUACUGAUGCUACACUGGAAAUUGUACCUGAUAGAUGCAAUUUAGUUUUAAUUUUCCUAUGAAACUGGUUCGGUAAGACUUGAAACAUGUUGAUUUACUUGUUAGAUAUAAAAGAAAUAUACCUUUUUGAAAUUGUUUUGACAUGUGUACUUUACGCAAUCCUUGUUUUAGGAUUAUGACGCUCACUGAGAGACAUGUUCCCUGUGUUACUUCUUUUAGCAUUCCUCGAGAAUCGUUCCGUAGGUUUACAGUAAAUAUAGAGACACCAGUGUCACCGUGAUCAAAAUGAAGGCAGCUUUGGUUAUAAUUCCCUUUUGUCUGAAAGGCCCUGCCUGGUGUACUGUUGACUGGUUAAGAGCAAGAAAUAUAGUAAGGGUUACAGAUACCUCCAUGCAAUCCCACAGUAAUACAGGUAUCACUGAUGUACUAAUGUUAUUAUUUAUUUAUUUCUGUAUUUAAUGAAAGCAACUGACGACUGUUCAUGAUAAAUUAUUCAAAAUGCGAGUAUUAUUAACACCUAACAAUGAUUUAUCCAGAAUUGUAUGAUUACUAACUAUUGCCAAAACAAUACAUUUCAUUAAAAGUGAUUUAGAUUCAAAUGUUUUUUUAUCAAAUGAAGGAUUUAAAGUUUGAAAAUACUCCCCCACCGUGCUUGUUGUUUUCCUCUAAAAUAACCACAGCGCUGCUCCAGUGCAACUUCAAUAAACUGCUCAUGAUGUGU